CGUUCCUGUGAACGCUCUGCAGGUCUGCCUGCCGUCCUUGGGAGAGAGGAAGAAAAAGGGAGGACAAGUCCCUCGUGCUGGGAGACGGAAUGUCUGCAUUUCCAAUCCUCUUCUUAGCUUCCUGUUCCGUUUGGCUUGGCGAGGCCCAGACCGAGUUCAAGAGGGUGGCGGAGGAGAACGUGACCCUGCCCUGCCACCACCGCCUGGGGCUGCUGGAGCAGGGCAGCCUGGACAUCGAGUGGCUGCUGCACAUCUCCGAGACCGUGCAGAAAGCGGUGAUCACCUACUCCGGGGGCCGGGUUUAUGAUGACCUGAACGAGGAGCAGAAGGGCCGUGUGUCCUUCACCUCCAACUUCCUUGCUGGAGAUGCAUCCCUGCAAAUCAUCUCCCUGCAGUCCAGCGACGCGGGGAAAUACAUCUGCAAGGUCAAGAACGCCGGCCAGUACGAGUGGGCUCGCAUCACCCUCAAGGUCGUGGAGAAGCCCUCCAAGCCCAAGUGCUGGCUGGAGGGGGAGCUGCUGGAGGGGAAGGAGCUGUCGCUGCAGUGCCGCUCGGCCUCGGGCACGGCCCCCAUCUCGUACCGCUGGCAGCGCCUCAGCGAGGAGGACGAGAGAGCCGAGCCGCUGCCGCCCAGCUCCAGAGUCAACAUCUCGAACCCCGGGCAGGUGCUGCUGAAGAACCUGACCCAGAUGAGCACGGGGCUCUACCAGUGCGUGGCCACCAACGAGGCGGGGCAGGAGAGCUGCGUGCUGCAGGUGACAGUGCAGC